UGUUAUGUUUAAAGUCCAGCAGGUGGACGGUCCGGGGCUGGGACACCUGGGUCCCUUGGCAGUAUCUGAGACAUGAUCGGCGCUGGCGGGGGCCUCCGGGCCUGGGGGAGCCUGGUGCUGCUGGGCCUGUGCAGCUGGACGGGAGCCAGGGCUGCUGCCCCCAACCCUGUCAGGGACCUCAGCGUGGAGGCUCAGACCACCAGCUCCAUCACCCUGAGGUGGGUGGCGCCCAAUGACCCUGACCUUCAGGACUACACCUACUGGAUCCAGUGGACUGAUGAUGGCGACAAGCCUGAGAACACAAGCACAACAGACACGAAUGUCACAGUGGAUGGACUGAAACCUGGGUCCUUAUAUGAAUUUUCCGUGUGGGUGGAGACGAAUGGAUCCGUUAGCCCCCAGGAAACUCUCAAUGCCACCACAGCCCCCAACCCUGUCAGGGACCUGAGUGUGGAGGCUCAGACCACCAGCUCCAUCACCCUGAGGUGGGUGGUGCCCGAUGACCCUGACCCUCAGGACUACACCUACUGGGUCCAGUGGACUGGGGAUGGCGACACACCUGAGAACACAAGCACAGCAGACACGAAUGUCACAGUGGAUGGACUGAAACCUGGGUCCUUGUAUGAAUUUUCCGUGUGGGUGGAGACGAAUGGAGUCCUUAGCUCCUGGGAGACUCUCAAUGCCACCACAGCCCCCAACCCUGUCAGGGACCUGAGUGUGGAGGCUCAGACCACCAGCUCCAUCACCCUGAGGUGGGUGGCGCCCGAUGACCCUGACCUUCAGGACUACACCUACUGGAUCCAGUGGACUGGUGAUGGCGGCACACCUGAGAACACAAGCACAGCAGACACGAAUGUCACAGUGGAUGGACUGAAACCUGGGUCCCUGUAUGAAUUUUCCGUGUGGGUGGAGAAGAACGGAGUCUAUAGCUCCUGGGAGGCUCUCAAUGCCACCACAGCCCCCAAUCCUGUCAGGGACCUGAGUGUGGAGGCUCAGACCACCAGCUCCAUCACCCUGAGGUGGGUGGUGCCCGAUGACUUUGACCCUCAGGACUACACCUACUGGGUCCAGUGGACUGGUGAUGGCGACACACCUGAGAACACAAGCACAGCAGACACGAAUGUCACAGUGGAUGGACUGAAACCUGGGUCCUUGUACGAAUUUUCCGUGUGGGUAGAGACGAAUGGAGUCCUUAGCUCCCAGGAGGCUCUCAGUGCCACCUCAGCUCCCAGUGAAGUCAUGGAUCUACAGAUUGAAACUCAGACCAACAACUCAAUCACUCUGUCAUGGAAGGCCCCCGCGGACCCCUACUCUCAUCUCUACAUGUACUGGGUCCAGUGGGCCAGUGAGGGACAUCCUCAGAGGGAGCGAGAUCUCCGAGGACUUCAGACCAACCAGACAGGCAGUACCAAUGAGACCAGGUAUGAAGUGGAGACCCUGGAGCCCGGGACUCUGUACACCUUCAGCGUGUGGGCAGAGAGGAACAAUGUAGCCAGUUCCAAACAGAGCCUCCAUGCAUCCACAGCCCCGGACCCUGUCACCAUCACUUCCUGCAUUAGCACCUCUGGGGGCUAUGGGGUCAUCCUGACCUGGUCCUGCCCCCCAGGAGGCUACGAGGCCUUUGAGUGGCAGGUGGGUAGACAGCAGGGCUCCCAAGACAAUUCUUCCUGUGAGACGGGCGUAUCCGUGUUGGGUCUCCAGCCGGCUUGGUCCUACACAGCCACCGUUACGACCAUCUGGGAUGGAAUGAGGGCCCCGUCUACCCCCAGGACUUGCAACACCGAGAAAGCAGGGGUCAUUGCCGGAGUCGUUGUCAGUGUCCUCCUGCUUCUCGUCAUGGUGGUCCUGGUGGUUUUCUUCCUGAAGAAGAGGCGUAAGAAGAGUGAGAAGAAAUCAGCACCCAUGGAUCGAGUCUACAGCUUUGCAGGGCACAUUCUGGCAGAAGACUUUGCUGACCACGUCAGGGAAAAUGAGAAGGACAGCAAUUGUGGCUUCGCAAAUGAGUACCAGCAAUUGGUCCUGGAGGGCUACAACCAGCCUCAGAUGGUGGCCUCAGCUCCGGAAAACAGCUCCAAGAAUCGUUAUAGAAAUGUGCUGCCCUAUGACUGGUCCCGUGUGCCCCUGGCAUCACUCCACGAGAAGCCAGGCUCCGACUACAUCAAUGCCAGCUUCAUACCUGGUCUCUGUGAUCCCCAGGAGUUCAUUGCAGCCCAGGGCCCCCUGCCCCAGACCGUGGCUGACUUCUGGCGCCUGGUGUGGGAACAGCAGAGCCACACCUUGGUCAUGCUGACCAACUGUGUGGAGUCCGGCCGGGUGAAGUGUGAGCAUUAUUGGCCCCUAGACGCCCAGCCCUGCACCCAUGGGAACCUACAAGUGACCCUGGUGGGUGAGCAGGUGAUGGAGAACUGGACGGUACGAGACCUGAAGCUUUGGCAUAUACAGGAGCAGAAGACUCUGUUCGUGCGUCAAUUCCACUACAUGGCCUGGCCAGACCACGGCGUCCCCCACUCCCCAGACCCCUUGCUGGCUUUCUGGAAGAUGCUCCGGCAGUGGCUGGACCAGACUCGGGGGGAAGGCCCCCCCAUCGUGCACUGCAGUGCUGGCGUGGGCCGCACGGGCACCCUCAUCGCCCUGGACGUCCUGCUGCGGCAGCUGGAGCGUGAGGGCCUCGUGGGGCCCUUCAGCUACGUGAAGAAGAUGAGGGAAAGCCGGCCGCUGAUGGUGCAGACUGAGGCCCAGUACGUGUUCCUGCACCAGUGCAUCCUGCGGUCUCUCCAGAUGCCACCCCCAGUCCUGGCCGAGAAGGAAGCCACAUACCAGAAUCUGCUCUACGAGAAUGUGGCCGCCAUCCAGGCCCAGCAGCAGGAGGCCUAAGCUGUGGGAGAGCUGAGACCCCAGCCCAGCUAGACUCAAACUCUGCAUCCCUACUUCAGCCCAGAUUCCUGGACCCCUGGGAGAGCAGAGGGCUGGGGUCGCAGACUCCUGGGUCCUGCAGGAGGAGAGGGCUGGCAGCCUAAACUGUUUUCCUAGGGGGGAGAGGUCAGGUGGCGGCCAGGAUCCUGGAUUCCUGGUUCCUUG